GCGCAUGCGUGCGGGAUUUGUAUGCGCAUGGAUGGAGGAGUUCAAGUGUUGUAAGAUGACUUCCAACUUCACCGCCUUUCUCAUCAUCUGUUUACUCGUAGGAGUUAAAAGCUAUGAAGAGUGUGCAGAAAAUGGAGCUCUUCAACUGCACAAUGCUAACAUAAGUGGAGUACUAAGUAUAUGCUACAACUCCACUUGGAGACUUGUGUGUGAUGAUGAGUGGGAUACUUUUGAUGCUGAGUUUGUUUGCAAACAACUUGGCUUGGAAUAUGAAGACGAAACACCAAAAGGCUGUCCAGCUAGAGGUUUAAAUGUGACUGGGUCGUUCCUGAUGAAUCGUGUAAUGUGCUUGGGAACAGAAGACUCUCUAUUGAUGUGUGAACAUUCGCAUGAUGUCACAGACUGCGUCGAUGAAGAAGCUGUAGUUGUGGAAUGCAAAGAUGUGUGCAACUGUGCAGAAAUGGCUGAAUGUGUCAACAAUAAUGGCAAUUACAGCUGCAUAUGCAAACACGGCUACAGUGGAAACGGAACCGUUUGCAAAGAUAUCAAUGAGUGUGUUCUGGAGAUUCACAACUGUGCAGAAGAUGCUAAAUGUAUCAAUACUCCAGGCAGUUUCUCGUGCAUGUGCAAGUAUGGCUAUGUCGGCAAUGGAACUCAUUGUGAAUCAUGUGACCCUGAUAAUUCUCCAAUUGGUUUUACUGGAAAUGGAACUUACUGCGAAGAUAUUGAUGAGUGUGAUCUAGGCACUCACAACUGUGAUGAAAACGCCAACUGCACCAAUGUUCCUGGCAGUUUCUUGUGUGUGUGCAACAACGGAUAUGUUGGUGAUGGAACCUUUUGUAUAGAUUCACUUAUUCGUCUGGCUGGUAAUGCGACAUCUGGCUUUGUUGAGGUGUAUUACAACGGUGAAUGGAGAUCAGUAUGUGAUGAUUACUGGUCAUAUAACGAUGCUAAUGUGGCAUGUGGACAACUUGGAUUCUUGCCGUUUUGUGCUGAUGCAACUACAAAGGGGAGUUUUAAACCUGGGGAACCAGCAAAAUACUGGCUGGACGACGUUCAGUGCUUAGGGGAUGAGAAGUCUUUGUUUGACUGUCCACAUAAUAAGGUGGCAACCCACAAUUGUGGCCCAAAAGAGAGAGCUGGAGUUCACUGUCUCACUGAGGAUGACAUUGGUAUACGUCUGAUGGUCAACGAUACCUCCGGGAUCAUUGAAGUGAGGAUUAGGGGUGAAUGGAGGGCAGUGUGUGAUAAUGCUUGGAGUGAUGUAGACGCAAAGGUGGCAUGCAGAGAACUUGGAUUCCCAUUUGAUGAUGCCAAAGCAAGUACAGGUGGACAUGGAGAAGGGGUCUAUUGGCUGAAUCGCGUGAAAUGUGAAGGACACGAGGAAUCCUUGUUUGCCUGCUCACAUUCGGGGAAAGGAGUUCAUAACUGUGGUCCAAAUAAAAGAGCUGGAGUCAUUUGUGAAGCCUCAUCAACUUCAAUUCAACUCCGUCAGCGCAAACAAGUUUCCACUGAUGGAGAGUGUGAAGUGGGAUCAACUAGACUAGUGAGAGAGGAUUUUUCAUCUUGGAGAGUUGGUGAAGGUUUUGUAGAGAUUUGUGUGAUGGGUCGGUGGAGGGCUGUUUGUGAUGAUGGAUGGGAUAUGAAUGCCACAAUGGUUGUCUGCAGAGAACAUGGCAUGCUCACUGAAGAGACUGUCCCAAUUAGGAGGCGAUACCAGUCCCGGAAUGUCUCGUUGGUCCACUACUGGCUGGAUGACAUACAGUGCAAUGGAGACGAGGAAUCACUGUUAGACUGUCAACACGCAGCUCUAGGUUCUCAUGACUGUGGAUACAACGAUAGAGCCAGUGUUGCAUGUCAAGGCAGUGCAGGGAAUGAGACAGUGGCUGUGAAGGGCACAAAAAUUGUUGGAGAUCAUAAACAUGGAUAUGAAGAUAUUACAGAUUAUGCAAUAGGAGGUGUUGCUAAUGUUGUGGGGGAUGAGAUCAGUGGCACUGUCCUAUUCAAACCAGUUCAAGUCGAGGACGGCACUGUUUUUAUGGUGGACGUGGACAUAUUGGGACUAGAUGCCAGAGAAAGGUACACCUGGGGUAUUCACAAUGGUACAGGAGACAUGACAUGUGAAGAGGAUGUUGAAAUCUAUGAUCCUACCAGUGCAAUAGCCAAAAGUUGCAACUAUAAGAAAGACUGUAAUAUGGACUCUCCUGAAAAAUGUGCAGUGGGUGACUAUUCGGGUCGUUUUGGGACACUGGAUGGCAGUGGGAGAAAGCGAGUUAACACUACAGGAUAUGUUGGACUCAAGAUGCUGCUGCGUAGCAAUUUUUCCAUGUUUAUCAGAGGCGGAGGGAGGAAAAUAUGCGAAAAAAUUGCUCCAGAUUAUGAGUGUGACGAGGGAGAUAUUGUCAUGACGUUCGUUGCAAAUGUGCUAUUGAUGGGACCAAUUGAGAUCUGUGUGCACCGAAAAUGGCACAGAGUGUGUGAUUCAAACUGGUCCCGGAGUGAUGCUGUUGUUGCCUGCAGACAGCUCGGCUUGGAUACAUCUGAUCGUGUUCAGGCAGUGUAUUUCAAUGAAGCUGAAGUCCUACCUACAGAGGUUGAGAGGAACGUGACAGAUGGUUUCGAAUGCAGUGGAAAUGAGAGCUUCAGUGGAGGCUGUGAGCAGAACAAGACUUCUAGACCUCGAGGGAAGUAUGAGAAGAUUGUUGGUGUCCUCUGUCCAGAGAUAUGAGAAAUUUUGGCUAUGGUGCAUUGCAUUUAUGUAUGUAUGGUUAUAAUCUUGGUAGACCUCUUAUAGUACACUCUUCGUCCCUUGAUAUUCCCCAAACAUGUGUGCAUAAUAUCUUUUCCCCCAAACACCUGUGAUCUGGUCACUGUCGUGUACACCGAGAUUACUGCAUGCGACCCCGCAAAUAGCGCAUGCGCGCUGUGGGAAGGUGCGUAACCACACCCCUUUCCAGUGGAUACACAUCGAAUUGUGUGAUCUUGAUUGUCGUCGGUGAUCGCCAUGUUCACAUUACAGUCGCUGCAAGGGAAGGGUCCCGGUCUCUACGUACGGUGCCUAUUCCUAUGUAGCUUGUCCACCUUUGCCAUAUCAGGCGGAGGAGCUGUCCGGGACCUGUACGACAGGUUUUACCUCACUCUCACAGACAGCAUUCCCUGUUUCAGACUCACCAAUGCUGACAGUCAGAUCGGCUGCUCAGGAUCGGACACCAACACUCGUGGGGUGGUCCACUAUGUGCAGAGCCAGAGUGACCUGGAGUGGCUGCUCCAUCACAGCCCUCACCCUCCCUACAUUGCUCUCAUGGAGCCUGCCCCCUUCACCAGUGUCAAUGUUCCCCGGCUGAGGGACUCUAGCAGAGUCAACGGAAUCCUACUGAAAUAUGACAGCAGAAACACUCAUCCAGACGACGUGGAGUUCUUUUCAGCCGAGCGCAAGUGUCCCAACAAAGACUUUGGAGUUGAUAGCUGCAAUGAUAGCUCACCCUGGAAUCCGUACACUAAUGGUACCAGUCUGUCAUUCAGUGAUUUUGGAGACUUCCCCAUUUUUGCCGUUACCAAUGAUACCUUCAUGGAGGUUCUUGAGUGUUUCCAGAGCCACAACGCAGGGGGAGACGGUGGGAUCAUAGACUAUCCUCUCUGUGCUGCUGAGAUGGUGGCCGACAUGCUCACUGCCAAGAACACCGAGACAUGCUUCCGCAGAGCGAAGCUGCUGACGUUGCAGGUAAACGGUGUGGAGUUGUGCGAUCCUCUGGGGGAUAAGAACGUGUGGGGCUCCAUCUUUGAGCUGAACGAAGAGAGACUGGGGCAAAAGGCCAUAUUGCUGGCCACCAAGUUGGACAGCAUUGCCUUCUUCCCGUACCUGUCGUGGGGAGCCAACAACGAGCUGGCCGGUGUCGCCACACUCAUGGCCGUCCUGGAGACCAUCGGGAAUCUCAGACGAGAAGGUACGCUGCUGAGUCUGGAGCACCCAAUCCUCUAUUCCUUCUUCCAUGGAGAGAGCUGGGACUACAUCGGGUCCUCCAGAAUGGUCUAUGACAUGGAGAGAAACAAUUUCCCUGAGAAUUUUGGGCCAAAGUUCAGUCAUGACUCCAUCAUGGACUAUCUGGAGCUCACCAACCUCGGUCUCUUUGAUAAUGAACGCCCCGUUACCUACUACCACAACAAAACUUCGUCAGUGCUGCUGAGCAGACUGGUGGCCAUAUCCUCUGAGACACACACAGGCAUGACUCUGGCUCCCAGCGACCGAGUUGACCUGCCAGUUGCAUCUCUGCAGAGGUUUCUGCGACGGAAUUCCACAUUUUCUGGAGCUAUCCUGAGUGAUUUUAAUGAAGAGUUUCGCAGCAAGUUCUACGGCAGUCGAUACGAUAAUGAGGGCAUUUUCAACCAAAAUGGGAGCAACCUGAGCACAGUCUCUCGUCAGCUGGCUAAUCUUGCCACCUCCAUUACAUGGGCACUACUGGACGUGGCCGGGGCAAACUUUUCAGACGGCAACAACGACACGUACAAGGCAGACGCAAACACCAUUAACGACAUCCUGGAGUGUUUCCUGGUGAACACGGACUGUGACACCUUCAAGAGAGUCCUCACUCAGAGUCAGGCCAACGAACUAGAGAACAGGCCGCUGCACCGCUAUGUCACGGUGGACACUACCACCAACUCUGAGACAAUCAUAACGUACGCCCUGGCCGCUGACUUCACCGGAGUGUACAUCAAUGGAUCUGGUGACAUCGUCAACGACUCGAUUCCCUGCGGCCAAUGCUCUAGUAUCGCCAGCCAGCUGAGCGAGGACAACAGCCAAGUGACCGUGCUGCAGCAGUAUGUGAAUGGGAGCGACAACAUGUGCUUCUGUGUCAAGUCUUUUGUCCACUAUCACACUGCCGUGUCUCCUGCAUUCGUGGAAAAAGACUACAGCAGUCACGAGUAUUCCACAUGGGUCGAGAGCAGGUGUGUAACUAGAAGUAGGUAUACUAGUUGAAUUGAUAGGCUGUGUUAAUUUGUUUUCUCUCUGUUUGACUCUCUGCAGGUGGCGAUUUAUUAAUUUGAGGAUAUAUCUCGUUACGUACCCACUUCAAGAGGUGGCGUUCUUCUUCUGUGGGCUGGCAAUGAUAUUCAUAGCCCUGUUCCUGGCGGUGCAGGCCACCAGGAAGAGUGACAAGAUAUUUAACACCUACGCAGUAGUCCACUCUCCUAUGAGACUCACCGCAGCCGACCGUGCGGCAUCCAUUGACCUCUCCGACUUCGAGGACUCUGACGUCAGUCCUCCCGACACUAGGGAGAGGUUCAACUCCGGUGGAGCCUCUAACAUUCAGGAGCAGUAAUUCAUUCUCUGUGUCAUGGGGAUGCAGGGAUGUCACAUCAUGAAAAAGGAGGGAACAAGAAGAUGCCUACACUGAGACAGAGUCAUUCAUAACCGUC